UGGAGGAAGCCCCAGCCUUUAAGGCUGACUGCAGCUGUCCUGGCCGGUGCAACGCUCCUCCCCCAGCCAGUGCUGAGGCUCCCGCUGCUGGUGCCGCACAACAGCUAGGCCGGCUUCUCCUCCGGCCUCCCGUGGCACUGCCAACGCUGCCUCGCCGUGAGGCUGCUGCAACCAUGCCUGCCUGCAAGCCUGUGUUUGCUGGUUGACUCUGGGGGGAAGGAAGCGCGCAGCGAGGCCAACCGGCCACGGAGGCUGCCAUGGCCCUAGCGGGUGCCCUGGAGCGGCUGCAAGAGGAGGCCAUCUGCCCCAUCUGCCUGGAGUACAUGAGCGAGCCUGUCAGUGUUGACUGCGGGCACAACUUCUGCCGGGGCUGCAUCGCCAAGCACUGCCAGGAGAAGGGUCUCUGGGCCGAUGGGCCCUUCUCCUGCCCGCAGUGCCGGGCCUCCUGCCACCGCAGCGGCUUCCGACCCAACAGGCAGCUGGCCAACAUCGUGGAGAGCAUCCGGCAGCUGGGGCUGCGGGGCGGCCCGGGGACGGAGCCAGGGAUGGGGACAGGGACCCCUCUCUGUGCCCAGCACGAUGAGCGCCUCAAGCUCUUCUGCGAGGAGGAUGAGGAAGCCAUCUGCGUGGUGUGCCGGGAGUCCCUGCACCACCGCUCGCACACCGUCUACCCCAUCGAGGAGGCUGCACAGGUGUACAAGGUCAAACUCCAGAAAUCCCUGGAGCAUCUUUCGAAGGAAGUGGAGGACGUGAGGAAGCGUGAGUCAGUGGAAAGGAUGAAAACCCAGGAGUGCAAGGAGACAGUGAAGAAAAAGCGGGAGAGGAUUGUGAGCGAGUUCGGGAAGCUGCAUCGGCUGCUGGCCAACGAGGAGAAGCUGCUGCUCCAGAAGCUGGAGGAGGAGGAGAAGUGGAUUCUGCUGAUGAUCAGUGAAAACCUGGCCAGGCUGGUGGAGCAGAAGUCCUUGCUGGAGGAGCUGAUCCUGGAGAUAAAGGAGAAGACCCAGCAGCCAGCUGACGGGCUGCUCAAGGACAUGAAAAGCGUCCUGAGCAGGUGUGAGGGGGUGAAGUUCCAGUCCCCCAAGGCUGUGUCCGUGACCCUGAAGGAAAACUACAGCAUCCCCGAGCACUGCCUUGGCAUGAGGGAAAUGCUGAAGAAGUUCAAAGUGGAUGUGACUUUGGACCCCGAGACGGCGCACCCUGACCUUACCCUGUCCGAGGACCGCAAGAGUGUGCGGCGCGGGGGCAAGAAGCUGCUUCUGUCCCUCUUCGACAACCCCAAGAGGUUCGGCACCACUCCAGCGGUGCUGGGGAGUCAGGUCUUCUUCUCAGGCCGCUGCUACUGGGAGGUGCAAGUGGGAGACAAGCCCGAGUGGGGCCUGGGGCUGUGCCGAGAGUCUGCUAGCCGGAAAGGCAAUGUACUCUUCUCCCCAGACAAGGGCUACUGGUUGCUGCGGCUGCAAAAUGGGGGCAACUACGAGGCCCUCACCUCUCCUAUCUCCCCGCUGACCCUGACCGUAAGACCCCGGCGCAUUGGGAUCUUCCUGGACUACGAGGCAGGAGAAAUCUCCUUUUACAAUGUGAGCGACCGCUCCCAUGUUUACACCUUCACUGACAAGUUUUCAGGGAACCUCAGGCCUCUCUUUUUCCUGGGUGCCUUUUUGGGGGGCAGAAAUGCAGAGCCCUUGGUGAUCUCCUGGGUCAGGGACACGCAGGGGACUGGGUGCAUCAUCCUGUGACAGCAGCUGCUCUGGCUUCCCACCAGCAGGCAGAGACCUUGGGAGCCCAACUAGCUCCUCCUGUGAGCAGGAGGGUGAUGGUGGGGCAGCACUGGGGAAAUAUCUGUGUGCCUUGGUGAGAGUCAUGGAAAGGUCCCCACAUGGUCCUGGCUACGGGAGGUCACCUGCCGAGUGUGACACCCACCUCGUGCCAUGCCUGUGCUGGAAAGGGCACUUUGCAGUGGGGAUGUGCCAUAACCCUCUGUGCCGCUGACGGGGACAGGGGAUCCCACUGACCACCACUGCCCUGCUGGUCAUCUCACAGACUGCUGGAGAAGGAUACAUGCCCAGCCUGCUGCAUAGUGCUGAUUUUGGUGUGAAUUGUACUGGAACAAGGCAAUAAAGGGUUGAUUUGGGGA